AUUUGACAAGUGACAUUUUGAAUAAUUUUGAAAUUGCAUUUUUUGCGUAACUCUGCCGUACUUUUAUAAACAAAAUUAAAAUUUUUAUCCAAUGGCUCGUAAUGUAGCUGAUGCGGCACGGAAGUUUUUAUUACUGGGUCAAUGUGUUCCCACCGUGAAACAAAAUGCAGCCAAAAUUAGAGUAAAAAGGUUAGAAUUAGAUGAAAAUUUACUCAUGUAUUUCAAGAAGGAUGAGUUUUAUUACUGUCAUGAUCCGAGUAAAGUUUGCAAGACCGGUGAUAUAGUUCUCAUACAGGCUUUACCCCAGAAAUUGACUAAACUCAUUACCCAUGAAGUCAAAGAAGUAGUUUAUCCACUUGGUGAUGUCACAGACCCAGUAACAGGCAAGAAAGUGGCUAAAGAACGAUACAGAGAUGAUCUUGAAAUUGAAAAUAAAAUCUACGGAGAGGUUGACACUGCAUUUGAUUACAAUAAGGCACCUCCAAGAGGCUGGCAAGAAGGAAAGAAAGAUUUUACUGCAAAACCUACAUACACGAAAUUCCAUGUAUUUGAUGAGAAUGAUCCCUAUGCUAUUUAGUCCAAUUAUUGUAAUUUAUUAGUAAAAUAUAAGAUUAGUUGUGUAAAA